AAACUCCCAGCAGAUAAUAAAGCGCGCGGCAGCUCAGCGCACGCACUGGCGACGGCUUUCCCUCCCGAAUCCCGAUCGCCUUCUCCUCCGUUCGUUGCCAUGGCUCUAUCCGCCGGCUCGUUCGCGGCAUGCAGCCUCCAGCCAAGAGCUAGCGUUCGGGCGUGCCAUGCCCCGAGGCCGGCGCAGCCGCCGCCGCUGCAGGGUCCUACCGCGGUGUCGUUCACGAGGAAGACGGGGCGCCGGGUGAACGCGACCAAGGGCGUGUCCGCCGUGUGCGAGCCGCUGGGGCCCGACCGCCCGCUUUGGUUCCCCGGCAGCACCCCUCCCCCGUGGCUCGACGGCAGCCUCCCCGGGGACUUUGGAUUUGACCCUCUCGGACUAGGGUCGGAGCCGGAGCUGCUGCGGUGGUUCGCGCAGGCGGAGCUGAUGCACGGGCGGUGGGCGAUGCUGGCGGCGGUGGGGAUCCUGAUCCCGGACCUCCUGGCGCGAUGGGGCUUCAUCGACGCCGGCUUCUCGUGGUUCGACGCCGGGUCCCGCGACUACUUCGCCGACCCCUGGACGCUCUUCGUCUCGCAGAUGGCGCUCAUGGGGUGGGCGGAGGGCCGGCGGUGGGCGGACCUCCUCAACCCCGGCUGCGUCGACAUCGAGCCGGACUUCCCCAACCGCAAGAAGCCGGUGCCCGACGUCGGGUACCCCGGUGGGCUGUGGUUCGACUGGGCCAACUGGGGCCGCGGGUCACCCGAGCCCGUCAUGGUGCUGCGCACCAAGGAGAUCAAGAACGGCCGCCUCGCCAUGCUCGCAUUCGUCGGCUUCUGGUUCCAGGCCGUGUACACCGGGCAGGGGCCCAUCGACAACCUCCUCGCGCACCUCGCCGACCCCGGCCACUGCAACGUCUUCUCGGCGUUCACGUCCCACUGAAAUGUUAGUUACUUCAUCACACAGAAAUGGAGCAGGCAGUGAGCAUUUUAUUUGUACCUGGCCUCAAUUUGUAUGAUGGGAUCAAAUGAGAUGCUAGGGGAAAUCCUACUACCACAAUAACAAACAGAACGCCGCAGGCUUUUACAGUACUUUUGCAUGUUUUUCUCA